CACGCCUGUCUUAUACCGUUAUACGCUGACGUCAGCAAUAGUGUCACCAACCCGCGCGCGCCAUGGAAACCGCCGCCUCGGCGUCCACCUCAACGCCGGAGGGGGAUUCCGGCCAACAUGCCGCCGCCGCUCCGCCGCGCAUGACCACCGUAUCCAAGCACUACUUCGGCGGCGCCUCAUCGGCCCACAACCACGACCUCCGGGUGGACAUCAUCGAGAAUAUAGAAGAGGAUUACGGGAUGUUUGUCUGGCCAUGCAGUGUCAUUCUAGCAGAGUACGUGUGGCAGCAGAGGUCACGCUUCACUGCCUCCACAGUUGUCGAGCUUGGUGCCGGAACCUCACUACCAGGGUUAGUAGCUGCAAAGGUUGGAGCAGACGUCACACUGACAGACAUCGCACAUAAUACAGAGGUCCUGAACAACAUCAGACAAGUAUGCGGUCUCAAUAAUGUCAACUGCACUGUAUUAGGACUUACCUGGGGAGAAUGGGAUGAACCUACAUUUGACUUGCAUCCUGAUGUUAUUCUUGGAGCCGAUGUGCUUUACGACUCAGCAAAGUUUGAUGAUCUCUUCGCGACAGUCUCAUUUCUCUUGGAAAAUUCCCCGGGGGCGAUGUUCAUAACCACAUAUCACAAUCGCAGGUUCCGGGAAUUGUUUUACCCUUCUCCUCAUGGAAGAAUUGCAGGAAUUGUUUUACCCUUCUCCUUGUGUGUCAACUAUUUGAUUCCUGUAUGCAGUGGUCAUCAUUUGAUUGAAUUUUUAAUGGUGAAGUGGGGUUUGAAGUGUUUAAAGCUUCGGGAUGGCUUCUCCUUCCUUCCGUCAUGCAAGGCUGCUUCACUACAAGGGAACAUUCAGCUUGUUGAGAUUGCACUUGACAAGGAAAAACCGAACUGCUCUUCAGCUGACGAGAACAAUCUGUAGCAGUUAUGUUCCAUGCGGUUCAGCCUUAUGGGGGCUGAAGGCAAGAACAUGGCACAACUUUGGGGCAUCCUCCGCACACAGGUUAACUUUUAUAACACUAGGUGAUUUCCAGGAGCAACAUCAUGUAAAAUUGCCCGUACAAAAUAUUCUCAAGUUUAACCAUGGAUUGUAUUUGUUGGACAAGCUUGUUAAACGAAGAUUCACCAAACCAAUAGUUAUGACAGAAUAUUACACAUCUCUACACGGGAUGUUCCAACA